UGCCAUCAGAGGGCGGGUUUGUGUCGUUGUGUGCGCAGCGUGCGGCUGCUGCUGCGGCUUCUAGUGAGAGAAGUGGCAGGUACCCCAAAAUACCUCCCAGCAAAGAUCCAGUGGUUCGGAUGUGACUUUAACAGCAGACUAACCUACAAUAAACUCCGAUAUAUGUGAAUUUGGCGGCUUGUUUCGCCCUUUCACCAGCUGUUUUAAAUGAAAGCUGAGCUUGGAAACAAUAGGACGGACUUAAAAGUACGCAGAAUUGGCUCAAGUAAAGAUGCCUGAGCGGGUUCUCUCGUCGCGAUGGGGCUUGAAUUGAGGAACACGUAUUCCGAAAGAAGUCGCUGAAGUUGAAGACGCGCUCCUGAUGACCGCUGGGAUGUUGUGAACAACGAGUCGUUUGGGACAGAAGGAGAAAAAGAAAAAAAAAAAAAACAAGGAUAGAGGGGGAACCAUUCAGGGUUGGGCCAGCACCCGGAGGGAUUAUGGCUCUCGUAACGUUUUCUCUCAGCCUCGUCACCCUGGUGCUUACAAACUUGCACCUUUCGAGAGCCAGCAGCCGUCAUGCGGUGUAUUGGAACAGCUCGAACCUGCAGCUUCGGAGAGAGGGAUACACCGUGCAAGUCAGCGUCAACGACUACCUGGACAUCUACUGCCCGCACUACAACACCAGCCAGCGUGGCACUCUGGAGCGCGUGGUGGCCGAGCAGUACAUCCUCUACAUGGUGAACUACCGGGGCUACUACACCUGCAACCCCCAGAUGGGUGUCAAACGCUGGGAGUGCAACCGGCCCCACGCGCCGCAUACGCCCAUCAAGUUCUCUGAGAAGUUCCAGCGGUACAGCGCCUUCUCGCUGGGCUACGAGUUCACCGUGGGCCAGGAGUACUAUUACAUCUCCACACCCAUCCACCAUCACGGCCACAGCUGCCUGAGACUGAGGGUCUUCGUCUGCUGCUCCACUGCCUCUCAGGCAGAUGACGACUCCAGUCAAACUUCUCCCGACUACACAGUCAGACCGAACAUCAAAAUACACAACAUUGAUGAAUUUAACCCUGAAGUUCCCAAGCUGGAGAAGAGUGUGAGCGGCAGCAGCCCGUCGCGUGACCGCCUACUCCUCACCGUGGCAACGAUGCUCGUGCUGGCCGUCCUGUUGUCCUAGCGACCGUCACAGGGAGCUUGUUGGACCAUCUUGUCCAAAGGGCUUUGUAUCCCUACGAGUUUUUUUGUUUCUUUUGAAGAUGUGAUUGCUCAACGAAGCAAACGAAGAAAAGUCAAAGACAAAGAGAAAAGAAGCGAGGCCUUUUUGCUGUCAUAUUUACACCUGUAUCACAUUAAAACUACAAUAUUUCAUGCAGGUGUGAUGACCACAUGGAGAUUACAACCAAUAUUAAGAAUCCAAUUUUUCUUGUGCUGCUCUCAAUGGAUGCAGAUGAGAGAUUUUUUUGUAGCAUGAUAGAGAACAGAAAAUUUGAAGCAUAACUCUCAUCGGAAGGAAGGUUUUUGUGUUGGCUUUGAAGAAGAUGACAACUUUAGACUCUAGAGUGGAUUUUUUUUUUUUAAGGCUUUGCUGCAUCAAACCAAACUUUGAUGUGGUAAAAAGAAAAAAGGCAAGAUGGACUUUGGAAACUGUAACAAGGCCUUUAUAUGAUUAGUGAGUAAUGAAAACCACUGUCAUUGUCCUGGACAUUGUAGAAUGUUUUCAUACUGGUGUGUGGUAGCUGCUGGUGAUCAAAGCCCAGGGAAAAGGGUGAGAAUUUAUAAGAAUAUCCAAGGGCCCUUCAGUAAUUCAUUUUCUCCAGACAUCAAAUAUUCUCUGGCUUUGUGAUAGGCACAGAUUCAAAGCCUGCUUUUCUUCGAAGGGUACCGAGUGUCCCUCAGUUUUUUGUCUGCGUUUCCUGCCUUCGCACUGUAACAACGCGAGAAAAAUACAGACCCUGGACUUGUAAUUUGACUGCACUUAGACGCACUAGAUGUGGCAUAGACGUGCGUUUUGUUCCGCCGCAUUUACCUCCAGCAACGGGCUUAGAAAAGUUCCAGAUGUCAAAUCUUAAAAAAUAAAUAAAUAAAAAAUAGAAGAAUUGCAGCAAUCAGCACCGUUGUUCAGAAACGCCUCUAAUUUGCAAUUGUUCAGAAACUGUCAGCAGCAACUUGCCCUCUUUUCACUCCCAGAUUACCUGUUUUUUUUUUUUUUCCCCUCCACUUCAGGGGCUCGCAGCCAAUCAGGGCUGAUAGCCACCGCAGCAGUCCCAGUUACCACGGAGACGACCCCAUACAGUCGCCAAAGUGCGGCAGGUGCCUGAGGAGAAAUUAUGCUUAGAAUCUCAAUCUGUAGGCAUGGAAAAAUAGACCCAGUAUGAGCAUUCCUGAUCAUACGGCGUAUUGUGAGAGCCAUUUUUAUGGAAACAACAAAGUUUUGCUCCAAAGUUUUUUAGGUAACGCUGUAUGAAAAAUGGUGCUAUCAUCACAAAACUCUUAAAGUAAAAGAAGAAAUAUUCUAACCUAAAUUAUAUGAAGAUAAAUGGUAUUGUUGUCUCCAGAAUUAUUCAUAUUCCUGACAGAUGUAGUGCUAAUCAUUAUUGCCAACCUGUUUCCUCUGAAUGGAAGUAAAACUAA